AUAUAUCCUAGCCCGAUCCCUAUUACACGAACCUAUCACAUUUCUCCCUGAGGCUCUGUCUCCGCUCUCAACUGGAACCACAGUGCUACACUCGCUACGUCAGAGCCACCGUGCCAUACCCCUUCUUAAACGCGACCAUGUUCUUUGAAGGUACGAUACAAGAGGGGAUCUCAAAGGCAGUGGGCCAGCAGAAAAUAGUACUAUGUUUCGUAACGAACAAUGGUUCGGAAAGUCAGACUUGGGGAAAUGAGUUCUUGACGGAUGAGUCGAUCGCCGAGUCAAUUUCUACAAAAGCGGUUGCCUUGCGCUUGGAGGCAGGCUCUGACGAAGCCGGAUACUUGGCACAGAUCUUCCCGUUGCCCCAAACACCAACGGUUGUCCUCAUAAAGGAUGGAGAGCUGAAGGAGUACAUCACAAGUGGUACCAGCAAAGAGGAAUUCCUACGUCGUGUCCAAAAUUCGUUCAGUAGUUCCGCCACAAACGCCUCGGGUCGCCAACAAGCACCCCAAAUAGCCUCUCCUUCACCAUCGCAGCCAGCACCACCUGCCGCCACUGCAGAGGCCACGGCGCCGUCACAGUCACAAAGAGCGGACCACAUGCAACGGAUGCUGGCAGAGCGUGCUGCCCGACUGUCAGCUGAAAAAGAGGAGGCCGAGAGGAAAGCAAAGGACGACCGUGCCAAAGCCAAGGCAAAGGCCAAGGCGGAAGCGGAAGCAGGCGCAAAGACAGAUGCCGCGCAGGCAUACCAGCAGGCCGAACUUGUCAAGAAGAAGAAGAGGGAAGCCGACGAGGAGCGCCAGCGCAUUUUACGGCAGAUUGAGAACGACAAGAUUGCGCGCCGUGAGCGGGCUGCGGAGCGGGAGCGGGCGCGAAUCGACAAUGUCAAGAUCGGUGAUGUGGCCGCCUCACUGGCCAGCGUUCCCGAGACCAAGCUCCCCUCGACGACCAAGAUUAGUGACAUGACAGCGCUUCAAGUCAGGCUAUUUGAUGGUUCAACUAUACGAUCACGAUUCAAGACCAAGUCAAGCCUGAAGGAGGUGCGGAAAUGGGUGGAUGAGAAUCGACACGAUGGCAAGGCUCCCUACACCUUCAAGCAGGUCCUGACGCCUCUGCCGAAUCGCAAUAUUGAUGCCACCGAGGAAUCAAAGGAUCUCGCCGAGCUCACCCUCGCGCCAUCGUCGACGCUGGUUUUGAUCCCUGUCAAGUCCUUCGCCUCGGCGUACGACGACAGCGCGAGUGGCAACGUCUUCACACGUCUUAUUCAGCUGCUCCUCGGGUUCUUGUACUGGUUGUUCAGCUUUAUUGGCUUUGCGGCGCCCGGUACACAACCUGGAGUAGCUACAACUGCAUCAAGCUCCGGCACAGACGCUCGCUCUCCUACAGAAGCCGGUUCUGCGGACCGCAGACGGGAUCAGCAAUUAUACAACGGCAACUCUGUGAGUAUCUUUGUCCCAUUUUCACUGCACUGUAGUAAGUCUAACACGCCACAGCUAAACUUUGAGCCUCGGCCAGAGGAUGAGGAUAAAUAAACAUGCUCAUAAAGCCCCAGUCAGAGUGGGGAUGCCUUGAUGUAGUAUACAGAUCAUAUCAAAUCCUAGCAUUCUGCCUCCUCCCCAUAUUAUCGUCUCGUAGUCUCGCGGUCUAGUAGUUCUUGGCGGCAGCCUGGCAAGCCUUGAGCUGCUCCAGGUACCAGUUGCAGAUCUGCAUGUUGCCGUUCUGCUCGUCCAUGCAGCGGGUGAACUC